AUGGAAGCAGAUGAAGAAGAAGGGGAGUUGUGUGCAGAGAAGUGGAAAACUCCCACUCCCAUUUAUUCAAACCAAAAUCCCAAAAUCUGGACAUCCAAACAAAGAGACAUAAUUCCGGUGCUGGUUGCAGAUACAUUCUAUGAUAAAGUGCUGAGACAUGCCACAGAUGGCAUUGAUAUACCAGCUUUGCUCAAUAUCCCUCCUAAACCUACAGCUGCCCAAUCUAAACGCUUAUGUGCUACAAAAACUGAGUUUAGCCAACGUGAUUUCGUUCGCAAAUUAGGGGUUAUGCUUUACUCCAACAAAGCAAUAAACUUUGAUGAUUUUGAAGAAAAGAUGUGGAGAAACCCUGGAGCCGACGCCACAGACUUCUUUAACUAUGGGUUGGACGAGAAACAAUGGAAGGAUUACUGCAAAGAGAUGCACGCGCUUAUACAUGGCAGAGUCCAGGACCAACUGCAACAAAUUGAGGUCUCUACUCUGCUACUUCUAUUCUAA